GUCUCUGCGCCACAUCGUGGCCCUUGUUGCCAUUGCGCUUAUGCACGCUGCAGGCCUUUCACGAUGGCGGAGAUCGUGGAGGAGUGUGGCAAGGAAGUGGACGAACGGCACGUGCAGGCGGCUCUGAACAAACUCGUGCACGCUUCAAAGGCGCAACGAAAGUGGCUCAGCGCAGCUGGAACCAACGUGUAUUGGGUGACAAGCAGAACACCCCGGAUGCCGCCAAAACAACCAACACACACUCGCUCUCAGCCUUCCUCGGCCUUCAAAACGCCACAACGGUCAAGGCGAUUGAAGAAACCCUUUUCAACGCCACGCCAAGCCACCUCCUCUGCCUCCACCCCCAACACAACUGGCCGACACCAGGACUCGCUCCUGUCUGUAUCAGAGGACAUCAAGACAUUGCAACAGCGAGUGGAUCAACUCUCACAAGAGUACAGCGCGGAAGAAUUGGACACGCACAUUGACAAGCUUCACACGUACAACGACCUGAAAGAUGUCGCACAAGCUGUCAUGGGAAUGCUCGCAAGCCAGGAAGGGCUGGCAACGCGGGCCAUGUAUGAACGAUAUGACUUGGACCUGGCGGAUUAAUGUAACAACUGCACCACCUUUCUACACACACACACGCGCACACACACACACACACACAAGAAGCUCUUCAUAGCAGGCAACUGGUAUGCCACAUGGAAUUGACUUGAUUGUGAACAAGCUCUCUCUGUCUCAUAAACGAACGGCAAUGUACAAA